AUGACAACUUAUGAUUUAAAUAUAUCAUAUCCAGUUAAUAAUUAUGACACUACUAUUACUAAUACACAAUUGACUAAUUUAAAAAAUAUUGUAAUUACAAAUUAUCAAAAUGGUAUUUAUAAUCAAGCUAUAAAUUUUCAAAUUUUUGAUUCAAUAAAAUUACCAAUGAAUAAAGAUUUAAAUCCAAUACCAGUAGGUAAAAUAAAAGAAUCAUUGAUACCACAAUUUCCUAAAUUAAAAUUGUUCACAAGAAUCACAUUAAUCAUAAAUGACUUAUCAAAAUUAAGUAAUCUAUCUAAACUACAACAAUGUUUUGAUUUAAUUGCAAUUCAACCUUUAAAUGAAAAAGUGUUUCAAAAUGCUAUAGUCAAUCUUGAAAAUAAUAUAGAUAUAAUAAGUAUAGAUUUAAGUUCAAGAUUGAAUUUUUAUUUAAAACAUAAAGUUGUAAGUAAUGGACUAAAUAAAGGUAUUAAAUUUGAAAUUCAAUAUUCUCAAACAAUUUCAAAUUAUAUAAGUAAUGACGUAGGUAGUAAUUCAAAUUUAAUAAAAAAAAAUUGGUUUAAUAAUGUUUUACAAUUGAUUAGAUCUUCUAGAUCAAGAGGUUUAAUAAUCUCGAGUGGGGCACAAAAUCCUUUACAAAUUAGAAAUCUAAAUGAUAUUUUAAUAUUAUUGAAAACUUUAGGUAUAAAACAUGAAAAAGGUAAAAGCUUUAUAACGUUAAAUCCUGAGAGAGCUUUAAUAAAUGGUAAGUUAAGAACUAAAAGUUAUAGACAAACUGUUCUACAAGGUGAUGAAAAUAUAGUUGAUGAUAUUCAAUAUAAUGUAAAUGAAAGAGAUGUAACUAAAUUAACAAAUAGGAAAAGAGUACAAGAUUCUGCAAUUGGGCAAUUAAUUAAAAAGAAAAGGAAAAUUGAAUAA